AGUGCCUGUGAGAGAGAGAGAGAGAGAGAGACAGUCGUGUGAGAGAUAGAAUGGAGGAUGGCUGAAUGAGAAUGACAAGUAAAUAAGUGCAUCGAUAGGGGUCCAUCCAUCCAUCCAUCCACACACACACUCACUGCAGGCAUCCAUGAGGGUCAGAUGCUCCGUCCUUACACAUCAAUGCACCCAACACAUGCACACACACACACACAUACAGGUACACACGUGUGUGUCGUGAGGUCAUCUACACCUCCAGCCAUCGACAGACAGACAGCAUGCAGCGAUAGAAGGAGCAUAGGAAAAGAGAGCGACACAAGGUGAGUGACUGGCAAAAGCAAACACGCCGGCUGUGUUGUGUGUUUCGGCCAGGCAUCUCUUGAAGACGGCCUCUAGCGUACACCACCACACACUGCACCCGACCAGCACCCACCAGCAUUGAAAAGCGGGCAUGCACACGCACAUACACAACGCAUCAGCGGCCGUGUCUGUCGUCAUCAUCGCCUUAAAUACACACAUACACUCACGGAUCCGUUCCAAAAAGUAAGUACUCUCUGUGUGCGGCUAUGUGUGACCGGCAGGCCUCCACCCCCACCCCGCACGCAGCUCUCGGGGAUCACCUUGUCAGAUAUCCCCGGGCAUCGUGUCGGGGGAAGGCGGCAGUUGGCCACACACUGGCCAUACAGAAUCAGCGAAUAGCGAGCAAUGGGAGGACAAGGAAGGAAUGUGUGGACAUGGGUGUGCGUAUGCGUCUGUCUAUUUGGUCUCGAUGAAGCUCUUGAUGCCGGUAAGCCAGUUCAUGUACUCGCGUUGCUCCUGACAGACGCACACACAAGACAGGCAAGUCACACACACACAGACACACGUCAUGUGGAUAGGUCGUGUGUGAGUGCAUGUAUUGGUCUGGGUGGCUGUGUGGUGUGACCUUGUCGACGGCGCAUGCAUCAAUAAAGUCGCAGAGCUCCUCCCCCACACCCAAUGUCGCCAGCCACUCGUCCAUCCGCUCCUGCAUGCUCUGCAAAGCAAACCCCCAUCAACGCACACACAUUUGGGGUAGACAUGAGCUGUCAGGCGCUGUAUUGCUCAAUGACUGACAGGCUCACCUCGUCAAGGUCUUCGAACUCAGGUCCGUUGUAGCUGCUGGCAUUGUCCUUCUCCUCCGCAGUGGCGAAGUACUUGACGUUGCCAAUCAUAAACUGACAGAUUACCGGAUGACAUACACACCACAGCCGCAGGGAUACACAUGCCACACACACACGCACACGCACAGGCGCUGUGUGUGUCUUCGAUGGAUACCCGGUGUGAUGGGUCUGUGCUGUCUGUGGUGCAGUAGAAGAUGACGCCCGUGCUGUCCUUCUUCUCAACCGUAAUGGAGAAGUCAGUGGGGGUGCUCUCCUCACCACCCUCGCCCUCGCCGCCCUCAUCCUCCGGAUUGUAAGGACUGACAUGACAUGACAUGACGCCACACACACACACAGACACACCAGGUCCAUUUAUGUACGCCAACCAGCAAGGGCAGUGCCUUGUUUACGUUGAGAGCUGGAACUCGACAGAGACUUUGGUGCCGUCGACCUCCUUGGUGAGGACCAUGUUGACGUCGGCAGUCUUCUCCUCAAACUUCCACUCCUUCUUGUCCAGGAAACGCUGCACACGCACACACAGGCAGGCACACACACACACACACACAGAGAGAGAGAGAGAGAGAGAGAGAGACGGGGCACAGUGAAUGCACCCCCGAUGGCAGCAGCGGGUGUGCAUUGCAGUGCUUGUUCCCUGCUCACCUGAAUGAUCGGCGGCUUCUCGUACUGUGACUUCUCGUGCGAGAUCUCAUUCGCCACCACCUCAGACAACUUGGACGACGCUGACAACGCCGCCACAGCACACAAACCAAACACCCGUCCGCGUGUCCGCUCUGCGCUGCGCGUGUGUCUCAUCUCAGCCCUGCACUCAGCCGCCCACCCACUCACUCACCGCUGUCAGCGAAGAAUCGGCACUGCACGGCAGGCAAGAGCUGCCUGCUCACCAUAGAUGAGUUCACCAGACGAGGCACAACCGCGCCGGCAGAUGCAGGCCUCUUGCUCAGCCCACGGGCAAGCUGAGAAAGCGCAAAGCGAGUCGCCAUCGCGGGAGCGGUGCAGUGGGAGGGGAAAGAAAUGCAGGGCUGCAAAGAACGAAAAGGCGC